CCAUUUGAUGUCUUUAUAUUAAUUGCUAUUUUUGCCAACUGCAUGGCCUUAGCUGUCUACAUCCCGUUUCCUGAAGACGACUCGAACUCCACCAAUCACGACCUGGAAACAGUUGAAUAUGCCUUCCUCAUCAUUUUUACAAUUGAGACCUUCCUAAAGAUCAUAGCGUACGGAUUAGUCAUGCAUCAGAACGCCUACGUCAGGAACGGCUGGAACAUGCUGGAUUUUGUCAUCGUCGUCAUCGGUCUGUUCAGCGUCGUUCUAGAAGUUCUGACCAAAGAAGGGGCUCAGCACGGUGCAGCAAGCCCCUCCCCCGCGCACGGCCACGGAGGCAAACCCGGAGGCUUCGACGUCAAAGCUCUGCGGGCCUUCAGGGUGCUGCGACCCCUGCGCCUGGUCUCAGGAGUUCCUAGUUUACAGGUAGUGUUGAACUCUAUCAUUAAAGCCAUGGUUCCUCUUCUCCACAUUGCUCUGCUGGUCCUCUUCGUCAUCAUCAUCUACGCCAUCAUUGGCCUUGAGCUCUUCCUCGGCAAAAUGCACGCGACCUGUUACGUGGCUGGGACGGCUGUAAUGGCGGAGGACGAACCGGCUCCCUGUGCACUAAACGGUCAUGGCCGAAUCUGCCUCCUGAACAAUACGUUGUGCAGAGAAGGCUGGCACGGUCCCAACGGCGGCAUCACCAACUUCGACAACUUCCUGUUUGCGAUGCUGACGGUGUUCCAGUGUAUCACUAUGGAGGGUUGGACAGACGUGCUGUACUGGAUGAAUGAUGCGAUGGGAAUGGAGCUGCCCUGGGUCUACUUUGUGAGCUUGGUCAUCUUCGGCUCUUUCUUCGUCCUGAACCUUGUUCUGGGGGUGUUGAGUGGUGAGUUUUCUAAGGAGCGAGAGAAGGCGAAAGCCCGUGGAGAUUUCCAGAAGCUCCGUGAGAAGCAGCAGUUGGAGGACGACCUGAAGGGCUACCUGGACUGGAUCACGCAAGCCGAAGACAUCGAUCCUGACAACGAGGACGACGAAGACGGGAUCAAACCCAACCCGAGUGCUCCGCCGAGCGAUACUGAAUCUGUCACUACGGAGAAAGAUGACAAGAAAUGCUGUGGCUCUCUGUGUCAGAAAAUUUCCAAAUCCAAAUUCAGUCGGCGCUGGCGUCGCUGGAACAGGUUCUGCCGCAGGAAGUGCCGCUUGGCCGUGAAAUCUGUCCCGUUUUAUUGGCUGGUGAUCAUCCUGGUGUUCCUCAAUACACUCACUAUUUCAUCGGAGCACUACAACCAACCAGACUGGCUCACAAUGGUGCAGGGGGUGGCUAACAAGGUUCUGCUGGCGAUGUUCACCACCGAGAUGCUGGUGAAGAUGUACAGUCUGGGUCUGCAGGCCUACUUCGUGUCUCUCUUUAACCGCUUUGACUGUUUUGUCGUAUGCGGCGGAAUCAUAGAGACGAUCCUAGUGGAACUUGAUUACAUGUCUCCACUCGGCAUCUCCGUGCUCCGCUGUGUACGGCUGCUAAGGAUCUUCAAAGUCACACGUCAUUGGGCUUCCCUCAGUAAUCUGGUGGCAUCUCUGCUGAACUCCAUGAAGUCCAUCGCCUCGCUGCUGCUCCUGCUCUUCCUCUUCAUCAUCAUCUUCGCUCUGCUCGGGAUGCAGGUGUUCGGCGGCAAGUUUAAUUUUGACAACAAAAAACGCAGCAGCUUUGACAACUUCCCCCAGGCUCUUCUGACCGUCUUUCAGAUCCUGACAGGUGAAGACUGGAACCAGGUGAUGUACGCUGGCAUCAUGGCGUACGGAGGCCCUUCGUCUUCAGGAAUGAUUGUGUGCAUUUACUUCAUUAUUCUCUUCGUCUGUGGAAACUACAUCCUGUUGAACGUGUUCUUGGCCAUCGCUGUGGACAACCUGGCAGACUCGCGUUCAGUGAGCUCUUCUAAGAAGAUAACUGAGGAAAGGAUUGACGAAGAAGAAGAAGAAGAGUUCAAGGUUCCAGGUGAUGACGAGAAGGAGAAUGAAGAUGAGGAGGCUCCAUCAGGGCCUCGACCCACCGUCAUAGAACUGGUGAGGAAAGAGAAGAUUGUACCGAUACCAGAGGGCACUGCCUUCUUCAUAUUCAGCAAAACAAACCCGGUUCGCGUUAUGUGCCACAAGAUAAUAAACCACCACCUGUUCACCAACAUCAUCCUCGUCUUCAUCAUGCUCAGCUCUGUCUCUCUCGCUGCCGAGGAUCCAAUCAGAAACCAUUCUUUCCGCAAUAUUGUCCUAGGCUAUGCAGAUUAUGUCUUCACUAGUAUGUUUACAUUUGAGAUAGUUUUGAAGAUGAUGACGUUUGGAGCAUUUCUCCACGAGGGGGCGUUCUGCAGGAACUACUUUAACUUGCUGGACCUGUUGGUAGUCGGCGUGUCCCUGGUAUCAUUUGGGAUACAAUCUUCAGCGAUCUCUGUGGUGAAGAUUCUGCGUGUGCUGAGAGUACUGAGGCCCCUCAGAGCCAUCAACAGAGCCAAAGGACUUAAGAAUGUGGUCCAGUGUGUGUUUGUGGCCAUCAGGACCAUCGGGAACAUCAUGAUCGUAACGACGCUGCUCCAGUUCAUGUUCGCCUGCAUUGGAGUGCAGCUCUUUAAGGGAAAAUUUUACCGCUGCAACGAUGAGGCCAAAUCAAACCCUGAGGAGUGCAAGGGAACGUUCAUCUUGUUCAAAGAAGGAGACAUGAAUCAUCCCACCAUCCAGAAACGUCACUGGUUUAACAGCGAGUUUAACUUCGACAACGUGCUAAUGGCCAUGAUGGCGCUCUUCACCGUGUCCACGUUUGAAGGCUGGCCGGCGCUUCUCUACAAGGCCAUCGACUCGAACAGGGAGAACUUUGGUCCCAUCUACAACUAUCGCGUGGAGAUCUCCAUUUUCUUUAUCAUCUACAUCAUCAUCAUCGCCUUCUUCAUGAUGAAUAUCUUUGUGGGUUUCGUCAUCGUUACGUUUCAGGAGCAGGGAGAGAAAGAGUACCGGAACUGUGAGCUAGACAAGAACCAGCGCCAGUGUGUGGAGUACGCUCUGCAAGCCCGACCUUUGAGGCGCUACAUCCCUAAAAACCCAGUUCAGUACAAGUUCUGGUAUGUGGUGAACUCCACAGGCUUCGAGUACAUCAUGUUUGUUCUCAUCAUGCUCAACACGGUCUGCUUGGCGGUGCAGCACUACGGGCAGUCUCAGAAGUUUAACUAUGUGAUGGACAUCCUGAACAUGGUGUUCACCGGAGUCUUUACUGUGGAGAUGGUCCUCAAACUGAUCGCCUUCAAACCCAGGGGUUAUCUUGACGACCCGUGGAACCUGUUCGAUGCUCUGGUGGUGAUCGGAAGCAUAGUUGACAUUGCGCUCACAGAGGCUGAUCAUUAUUUCCCUGAUGCUUGGAACACGUUUGAUGCCUUAAUUGUAGUUGGUAGCGUCGUAGAUAUUGCUAUCACGGAAGCCAACCCCGCAGAGGGGGAAGAGAUGCCGAACGUAGAAGAAAGCUCCCGCAUCUCCAUUACCUUCUUUCGACUGUUCAGAGUGAUGCGACUAGUGAAGCUGCUCAACAGGGGGGAGGGAAUUCGUACACUCCUGUGGACCUUCAUCAAGUCCUUCCAGGCUUUGCCGUACGUGGCUCUGCUGAUUGCCAUGCUGUUCUUCAUCUACGCCGUCAUCGGCAUGCAGAUAUUUGGGAAGGUAGCGAUGGUGGAUGGCACACAAAUCAACCGGAACAACAACUUCCAAACUUUUCCACAAGCCGUGCUUUUGCUGUUUAGAUGUGCCACAGGUGAGGCAUGGCAGGAUAUCAUGCUGGCUUGUAUGCCCGGGAAACUCUGUGACCCAGAGUCGGACUAUAAUCCAGGAGAGGAAAUGACAUGCGGCAGCAGCUUCGCAAUUAUCUACUUCAUCACAUUCUACAUGCUUUGUGCAUUUGUGAUCAUUAACUUGUUUGUGGCUGUCAUCAUGGACAACUUUGACUACCUGACCCGGGACUGGUCAAUUCUGGGACCACAUCACCUCGAUGAGUUUAAGAGGAUAUGGUCUGAAUAUGAUCCAGAAGCCAAGGGCAGAAUAAAACAUUUAGAUGUGGUGACACUACUGCGGCGCAUUCAGCCUCCACUUGGCUUUGGAAAGCUGUGUCCUCACAGAGUAGCAUGCAAGCGUCUAGUUGCCAUGAACAUGCCCCUAAACAGUGAUGGCACCGUGAUGUUUAACGCCACACUGUUUGCACUGGUCAGGACUGCACUAAAGAUAAAAACGGAUGGGAAUUUGGAGCAGGCAAAUGAGGAGCUGCGAGCCGUAAUUAAAAAGAUAUGGAAGAGAACCAGCAUGAAGCUGCUUGACCAAGUGGUGCCCCCUGCUGGUGAUGAUGAGGUAACCGUGGGGAAGUUCUAUGCCACCUUUCUGAUACAGGACUACUUUAGGAAAUUCAAGAAACGCAAAGAGGAAGGACUUGUAGGAGUGCAUUCUACACAGAACAGCACGGCCAUCACGCUGCAGGCUGGUCUCCGCACGCUGCAUGAUAUUGGGCCCGAAAUCCGCCGUGCCAUAUCAUGUGAUCUCCAGGAUGAGGAGCUAGUAGACUUUAUACCUGAGGAGGACGAGGAGAUUUAUAGGCGAAACGGUGGCCUUUUCGGCAAUCACAUUAACCACAUCAACGGCGACCCUCACCGAGGUUCCGGGCAUCAGACCAACGCCACGCAGCGCCCCCUGCAGGUUCAUCCUCCCCCGCACUACGCUGACAUGGAACAGCCUGUGGGCCGGCUGGACCGCGCCAAUGCCAUGGCCCAACAUAACCAUCAUCACCACCAUCAUCAUCAUCAUCACAAUCACCACAAUUCUUACAGCAAGUCACCCAAGUCCACCAACAUCAAUCUGAACAAUGCUAACAUGUCCAGCCUGCCCAAUGGAGGCCAUAAUCGCUACUACCAGCACGCACCAGCCAAUGGAUACACCGGCUCGUACUACCCAGGGGAAUACGAAAAGCCCAGGACGCCACUCGGACAGAGGUCACGUGGUGGCAUCAGGCGCCAACCCACUAUUUGUCGUGAGGAAGAGCUUGAUGAAGACCGCUACUCUGGGGAGUACUACAGCGGAGAAGAGUUUUAUGAAGAAGAUGGAAUGCUGUCAGGAGACAGGUAUCCCAGCAGCGAUCAGGAGUAUGAGACUCCCCGUGGCUACCAUCAUCCCGACAGUUACUAUGACGAUGACGAGCAGCCCCUUUACCACGAGUCCUACAGGUCUCCAAAGAGACGCCGGCUUCCUCCGACACCACAAGGCAACCGGAGACCAUCGUUCAACUUUGAGUGUCUGCGCAGACAGAGCAGUCAGGAUGAGCUUCCUCGCCAGCGGACUGCUCUUCCGCUCCAUUUAAUGCAGCAUCAGGUGAUGGCAGUAGCAGGGCUCGACUGGAGUAGAGCUCACAGACUCUCACCUACCCGCUCCACUCGUUCAUGGGCCACACCUCCUGCCACGCCUGUUAGUAAAGACCGCACCCCCUACUACACGCCCAUGAUCCGCGUGGACCGCCCGCACCGGGACAGCAUGGUUGGCAGCUACUGCUCGGUGAGAAACAGCUCGUGGUACACAGAUGAGCCGGAGUACCAGCAGAGCACCUACUCACCAGUGCACCUGAAAAUCCCAGCUGAGUACCGGAACCAGUACCACAUAAAGAGAGGCAGUGCCAACAGCCUUGUGGAGGCGGUUUUGAUAUCUGAAGGACUGGGCAGAUAUGCUAAGGACCCAAAGUUUGUGUCGGCUACAAAGCACGAGAUUGCAGAUGCCUGUGACAUGACCAUUGAUGAGAUGGAAAGUGCAGCGAGUCACCUGCUGAAUGGCGGAUUUACUGCCGGGGUCAACGGGGUUAACGUUUACCCGGUCAUGACUCAAAGAGAGUAUGAUGUGCAGGACGUUUCAGCCAACUACAGCGAUGAAGAGCCAGAAGCUGAAUCUCGGCCUCGCUACGAGGAGGACUUGGCCGACGAAAUGAUAUGCAUCACCACGUUAUAGUAUCCGGUUAGCAUCCAAAGCUGACAGACUUAGUUGUCACACAAAACCGAAAUGCAUCUAUUGGCUUAUAACCAAAAGAAGUGCCUUCCUUUCCAGUGGAGUAGAAAGGCACCAGGAGUAAGGGCACGCAUGCCCCACCUACUCUCUCCUUAUUGGUCGAGGUGCAUAUCUGUCAAAGGCACGGUGGAAGGGGGAAGUCACUUUGCCAGAAAACUGUGUUCCACUCUGUCGGACUUCUGAUGGUGAUGCUUUGCAGCUCACUGCUAAGCUGAUGAUGAAUAAAUCUGUGCUGAACCGUGACUGGCCGCUUGUGCUGUCACUGCAGGCUACGGACCAAUGAUAAGCGACCGUCGCUAUUUUCUCCAAGGUGAUGACAAUCAGAUUUAAAAUGUCAUUACCUCAGUCACUUUAUUAAAGGUUUUUGCAUACCACGCAUGUUUUCAGUACACGCUAGGUAAGGCAUAUGUCCCAAUAGAGGCUUUAGUUUCAAUUAAAAGGUUGAUGAGAAUGAUUAACUCUUUAGUUAACUAACACCAGUAAGAAAACGCUGGAUCGUAUUGCAUUUUAAAAUCUGGAAAUUAGAACCAUUUUUUGACAAUGAUUGCAGCGUUUGUGUUGAAUGCACUAGCAGGCAGGUUAUUUUUUUAACUAGGUUUAGCCUGUUUGUGCUUUCGUAAAAAAAAAAAAAAAAAAAGACUAUGCUGUAAAUUCGUUGUAAUAUAAAACAUAAAGAAACUUUGGAAAGAGUCAUAUUUUGUAAUUAUGUACUGUAGGAAAUAGGAAUCAGCAAUAUUGAUCCUAAUUGAUGUUACUGUAUUAUGGAGAGAAAAAAAAAUAUGUGAAUUUAUUAGAUACUGGACUCUUAUUGAAUUGAUUUUUUUUCUUUUGCUCAAACACUUUCUUAAUUGAUUUGUUUGGGGGGAAAAAAAAAAAGCAAAUCAAAUCAGUUUUUAUAUGAGAGGAAAUUCAUCUCACACCGGCACAAGAUAUGCAAAUAGAUUUGUUUUUUAUUUUGUCUUUAUUUUUAACAUUUCAUGAUUUUCUCUGUCUGUGUGUGUGUGUGAGUGUGUGUGUGUGAGAGAGAGAGAGAGAUUACAUGAAACAUCACCUUUACCCACAUCUUCCCUAAAAUCCCCAGCAUGCAGUACUGAUUAUAAAGUAAGACUCCCACUGCUGGGCUCCUCUCUAGGGCAUCUGGAGCGGAUGAUGUAGUUGUGUUACUGUGUUACCUUGGAGGUUCACUCCCAGUGUUUUUGUUGUGUAUUUCCUGCACAGGAGGUUUGAUGUUAAAUGCUUUCAUGCAUUGACUAUGCUGCUUAAAUCACGUAUUUACGACAAAAGACUGAGAGGACGGCCGACGCCGGCAUUUCCCUUUAGUUCUACGGACUGAAAUGAGCCUGCUGAGCUUGUAACGAUCAUGAUCACAAAACUGGAACCGUCGACGAGGCAGGGCUGCAUUGGCAAAGCAAUAUCCAUUCCUAAUUAUCUCUCUGACUCAAUGUCUCUCUGGUUUCUGCAUAUACCUCCGUUAACAAAGGCCCUGAUUUACUAAUAGCGCGGAUCACGUGCUAAUUUUCGUAUGCAACGGGAUAAAGUUGGGUGUGUUGAAAGUGAUUUACAAACAUUGUGUGAAUUAUUGCAUGUGAAAAGUAUAUGUUGGUGAGAAUCUGUCAAUUAGGUGUUAUUAGUUCUCGUCUAGCCUUCAAAGAGACUCCAGGACGAGGAAAACUGGAACAUAAAGGCGUAAAGGCAUGGCCACGGCGGCGUGUGCGUUUCAUGUGAAUAAAAACCUUUACACGGGUUCAGAUUACAUGCUGUUGCCAUCGUGGCUGGUGAACGUCUAUCACGGAACCGACUUUGCUCUGGAAAUAUGUAUUAUUUUUAAAAAGAAAAAAAAAAAACAACAACGACGAAUAUGUUAAUUGUGAAUCAUUCAUGUGAAUUAAUCAACAAAUAAUCAGCUUAGUAAUGCGAGCAGCUGGAACAAAUCUCACUUGGAAUAUUUGUGUUCUGUGAAACAAAAAAAACACAUGGUGAUGACAACUUGACCUUUAAUAUCUCUUCUCGGGAUGAUCUAAUGAUUAUUCCCCGAGUAAAAAAUAAAAAAAUCUAAUACAAGAAACUUGUGGAUUUAAACGGAUCUCGCUCUCUACCUCUUUAGCUGAACGACACGGGCACUGCCUCAUCAUUAAUCUUAAACAACAUGUGAAAUAUAAAAACAUCCACGUCAAAAUCUUUCGUAAUCGACAUAUAAGUUACGAGUCUAAUUUAUUCAUGAAUUUAAACUUGGAUUAUUUGGAGAAACUAAGCCAUGAUCUUGCUAAACUUGAGUGAGAGGUGUAAUUAGGUCUAGCAGAAACAGACUUGUGCGAAUCUAACCCUUUGCUGUCAGGCUGCACUAAUCUGCAUGUUGCCCGAGUGACUUUCAGGCUGCUGGUGCUAAAAUCAAUCUGCCUGUACGAACACCGCCCCGGCUUCUGCCGCAAAAAUGUUCACUGAGAAAAUAAAAACUGGACCAUCAGCUUGUUUUUUUUUUUGUUUGUUGGUUUGUUUGUUGGUUUGUUUGUUUGUUUGUGCACAAACACAAAACCUUAGUAAAUCAGGGCCCUGGUGUUUCAACUCUUGAUUUUUAUUUAUUUAUUUAUUUAUUUAUUUAUUUAUUUAUUUAUUUUCACCAGAAGUAUUUUAUCACGUAAAGUAUUUUACAUAUUGACGCUUUCUCUCUGGGGAACUUCAUCACUUCCAAAAAAAAAAAAAAUAACGCUGAAUAAAACUCCAGAUCACCAAGAGAUUUUUUUUUAAUGUGUGACUGCAAAGGCACUGCCUAGAAGUGUUGGGUUUCAGCACAUGCUAAGCGCCAGAGAAAAAGCUUGUUACUGGAUUUGUGGUUGAUUUACUGAUAAGUCGAGCGAGUACUGUGCUUUCAGUCAACCGAACACUGUCGUGAAAAAAAAAAACAAAAAAAACGUGGGUUUAACCACUGCAUGUGCACAUCCAAAAGGGCUCUCUGAAAAAGUUUUAUGAGGAUAAAAUAUAUGUACAUACAUAGUGACCCAGUCUUUAUGUGAAUAUAUCUUGUGAGAGGACCAAUGCGCAUUCUAGGCACAUUGUACUAUUUGUAGCAAUUACUCUUAAAAAAUAUAUAUAUAUAUGCAUUAUUUUUUAAAAAGCUUUUUAAAAAUUUGAAAGUUUAAAAACAACUUGCUUUUACCUCACGUCAGGGAUUCCUGAAGAACAUAAAAUGUAAAAAAUAAAAAAUAAAAAAAAAAAAAUAAAAAAGAAAAGAAUUAAUAUAAAUAUAUAUAUAAAUAUAUGAUAAUUUAUUUGGUUCGUUCUACACCACUGGAAAUUUCUAUAUUAGCACAUGGCUGUUGGUCUUUGCACAAACGUCUGUGAUUUCAGUUUCUUUUGUUUUCUACUCAGAGUUUUGUGUAUUAAGGUAAGCGAAUUUUGUACCUUUUUUUUUCCCCCUGUGAAUGUGCGUACAUUUGAGUAAAAUGCUACAUACUACAUCGUCGUUUAACAUCUCACCUUUAAAAGCUGGGACAAUACGAAAAGGAAAUAAAAAAGGAAAAAAAAAAGUUUCACCUCACCAUAAUUACACGUGGUAACGGGUUUUAAAGGAAAAUGCUUAAAGUGAUAAACAGGUUUACAAAGAACUGUUUCUUGAUUUAAAACGUUUUCAUCAUUUUUCACUCUAGAAUUAUUACUACUAUGAGUAUUAUGAUUAUUCUUAUUGUAAUUAAUGCUGUAAGGAAAUUUAAGGUCAUGAUGUAUAUUAUGUACAAAUAUCCUGGAAAGAUGUGUGAUAAUGUUCACUACUUGAAAGUCCUGAUUUUUGCUCUGUUAUUUUUUUUUUUUUUUUUUUUUUUAGCGAAAUGAUUUUUCUCUUUGUAGCAGAUUUAAUGGAAACCCUUGAGGUUUUGUAUCGAUGCAUUUUUUAAAAUAUAUUUUUCUUUUUCUUUUUUUUUUUCCUAUUUAUU